GAAGCCAUCUUGGUAGCACUGCUACACUCUGGACUCCAGGACUCCAGAUCUGAUUAUUAGUAAGUGUAGUGGCUUUGAAAAGAGCCCUAACAAGAGUGGAAUGAUGUCCUCCAAGUUGAAGUGGCUGAUUGUGAUCCAGCUCCUGCUGAAUGAACAGGCUCUGUGCAGGGCCCCACCUCCUCUGGCUCAGAGGAACACUCUGCCUCUAGGAAGUGACUUCCGUGGAGAGAUGGAGGAAAUGUCCAAACAGGAUCAUCACUCUUUCCUGGGAUCUCGACUCCAGCUCGGUCUCCCAUCCGCUGAAAAGACUGGUCCUGUAUCGGUGGCUGUGCAAAAAGAGGAGAGAGUCCAGUCUGCCAAACACAUGAUAUCAGGCCUCAGGGCGAAGUUUCAGGGGCUGAUUAAAGAUCAUCUCCACAUUCAAGGGAACGUCAGCUGUGAGGAGCUUCUGUCUGCCAGCACCAUCGACGACCCACUGACUUCCAUGUUCCCCCAGGAGCUGCUGGGUCUCUCCUUAGUGCCUGUGUUGGUGGUGGCAGGAUGCCCGAAGGAGGCACAGACCCUGGUUCUGAAACUGUACGACCUGCUGGGAGUGGUGGACACGGAGGAGCUGCUGAUGGAGGUGCAAAGUCUGAUAGAGAGGAGGAUGAGCAAGUCAGCGUCUACACCAGCACCUGCAUCAGCAACAGCAUCUUCACAGAGGGAUCAAGCAGGGCGCCACAUAGAGGCUGUGAUGUUUAACAUCCAGCAGUUGGUGAUGGUGGGAGAAGAAACCUCUGAGCAGGAAGGACAUUGUGAGGGUUGGACCAGGGUGAAUGGAACCAUGCUGGUAGGAACAGCUGUGGAGGGAGCCACAGACAGUCUGGAAGAGGCUGUAAACAGCUGCGAGAGACUGGGAGUCAUGUGUGCUGGUGUGACCAACAGUGGACUGCACACACCUGGCAUGUACCAGGCCGUAUUGAAGAAAGGCAGCCGGAUCCUGCCAUCUGACUCCUCAGGGUCUGAAUGCUGGAUCCGUCGGUGCAGUGCAGAGGAGGAUGUUUCGGUCCCCGCUGCUUCAGGCCGACCGCGGAUGAAGCGCAGCCCCCAGAGGAGCUGUAUCAACAAAAACGAGGAGCGUGUGUACAACGUAGUGGAGUGGAUCCCUGCAGUCAGCACCCUGUACAACCUCGGCACAGCAGUGUAUUACGCCUCAGUCAACUGCUCCGAAACAGCCAAGGAGAGGGCCAUCCUCAGUGCUGUUGACCUGGGCACUGAUGCUCUCAUGGUUGCCACGGGGGGAACUGCCGGGGUGGCAGGUUACGCUCUGGGUGCAGGGGUGAAGACAGGUGUGAAAGCUGGAGUCAGGUAUCUGCUCAACUCCAUGAAGCAGGAAGACGACGUGCUGGUGAACCAGUUCAGCUGGGAGGAGGGCGUCCUCACCAUUCAGUAGACUGAAGGAUCAAUGAAUCAGCCUAUGAAGUUUUAAUUAGUUUAUAUGUUUGUUUUUUUAAGCAAAGACACAGGAUCAGAGUUUGUUAACUGACAUGGUUGAAGAGUAAAAAAUUGGUUUACCAGACUCAAUAUAAUGUAGAUUAUAUGGAAAACAGUAUUGUUUUACACAGUGGAUUAUCAAAAUCACAUCUUGAAAGGGGAAAAAAGCUUUUUCUGUUUGUGUGACGGUGCACACAAACCUCAUUUUACACAAGUUAACUCAAUGAUUAUUCUUGAAGAUGAUUUCAGUGUUUUUCAUUUAGUCUGUAAAUUUCAGUAAAUUACUUGUUUUUCUAGAAGGUGACAAUCGAACCUACAAAAAAAAUGAAAGUACAGUUAGCUUAGGUGUAAAGUAGAUAAAAUUACACAUUACAGGAAUUGCAAACAAUCUCGGUAAUCUAUAACAAAUUAGAUAAAAUAGUUGAACAAUUUAUCAUAGCAGCAACAUUUAAGAAAAACUGGUCUCAGGAACUACGCCCUUAAACCCUCAAGAACCUUGAUUUUGCCCUCCGUCCACUGUCUUUUCCUCUGGUUUCUGUCCUUCCUCACUCUUGUUGUUUUCUUCCUCCCAUCAAAACCUUUUGUCAGGUCAGAGUCACACUCUCACCUCUGGUGUAAUUGCAGGGACAGUAGACUGGUAACUAAAUUUUAUUGUUUUAUAUGUUUUUCUUUAAGUGUUAAUAAAUUGUGUGUGUAAAUGUGUGUGCAUACAGUUUGCUGUCAGUGUGGUAGUUUAGUAUAUAAUCAGACUGCUCGUUCAAAAGUAAGCCUGGUUUUGUGGCGAGAAAUAAUGUUAAACGCGCAUGAGGCGUGACAAAGGAGAUUAAAGAGAACAGAGUGACUGACCUUCACAAUCA